ACUUUGUGUUUAACUCAUGAACUUAACAUGAAUAAUUUGACCUUUUGUGUAUGACUUUAUGUAGACAUGGCUCCAAAUCAAAAACCUACUUCCGAGAUGAUUUCCAUCGUUACGGUGUUGCAAGGUGAUUGGAUUGCUGAUUUGUCCAACCCUGAAGAGGCGGGGCAAUUCUUACACUUCCCGUCAACUCACAUACGGUCUUCUUCUUCAUCAGAGGCUAAAGAGCUUCAACUUAUGGUGCUUGAGUCAACCAGUGGUCCCUAUGCCAUCGAAGGACUUUCUCAUCUACCUGCAUUAGAGAUGCCCAAGUUGUGUGAAUAUGUGACCUCGGAAGGAAAAGCUUCAACAGCAAGCCAUGCUGGAUCUCUCCCGUCCUUGGUGCUUCCAUCCAAUCAUGUGACUGAACAUGCAACACCAAAAGCAAUCCUAACACAGUCGAUUAGUCGAGGAGCGAGCAAAUGGUGUCAAUCCAUUGAUCAUUUGGGAAAGAUACCAUUCCUAAGUGGCUUCUGGGAUUGGUCAAACUACACAGCCAAGAUGCUAAGUCGUUACAAGAUGGGAGCUUUAGUAGAUGCAGUGAGAGGUUGGAAUUUCUCUCCUGGAGAUGCGAGAUAUUUAUUGCUUGUCAAUUCGAGGAGCAUAUUACGAGGAGCAUAUUACGAGGAGGUGAUUCCAAGUUACAAAGAACUCAUAGAGGACUUACCACCUUACUGCUUACUUCUGUUUAAAGCAUUUGCCAUGAUCGUCCAAAGGGAGAAUUCUGAGCGUGUAACUUAUGCUGAUUGGCUCGACUUCUGGUAUAAUAGUAACCCACCCUAUGCCGAUCCAUUCAAGAGCAAACGAUAUCUAGAUAUGUCCGAGUUGAAGUAUGAUGGCAAUGGGAAUAUGAUUUCAGUUCCUAAACUUGACCGCCCAUUGAAAUGGACAUUUGGACAUGAGAGGAAACUAAGGGGUGUACCAGAACAAUGGGAUCGACUUGGCAUGUUGGAUGUUACUUUGGAGGUAAAUGAUAGAGAAAAACCUUUGAUUGCUGCUUAUCUUUGUGUUUGGCUUGCUAGAUAUGAAGCUUCUCUACCUAUGGUUCGGCAAUUUCGUGGGAUUUUGAAUGCCUACCAGCCUUGGGAACCAAGGGUAGCAGAUUGUCGUGCAGUUUUACGAGGUAAUUUAUCCUCAGACGACUUUUGUUGGACUCUAGUGCCUUUACCAACCCACCCUGGACCUCGAGUUGAUGAUGGACAACGACGGGCUGACACUUUGGAUUUCAUGGUAAGCAUUAGAGCAGGUUAUGUGGUGCUUCGCCAAGAAGGCUACUUCACAAAGAAGUCUUACAAUCCUCACCGAUUUGCUAGACAGCAUGGAUUUCAACAAAGACUUCCAGGAAGACAUGUCAAAUUGCCUCACGGUGGUGAAGUGUCAGAUCUUUAUCGCUUUUGGUUAUCUUUAACCCGAGUACAUAGCAACACAUUUCUUCAUAUCCCCUCAACUGAAGGCGGAGUAGCAUCUAGGGUUGACCCGGCUUAUGUGAAGUGGUGGAAUAAAGAAGUUUUUCCUUCAAUUUCUACAAUGAGCAUCCAAUUCUUGAAGGCUAGCGAGGCUAGAAAUUUCAUCCCAUCCUUAAUGAAGAGCACAAAGCGAAAUAAUGCUGGAGACCCUAGUCCAUCUUCAAAGAAGCAGAAAUGCAACAGAAGUCCUCAAAGAGAGCCAGACUCUUUACAACAUCCACUUUCUACGCCUGCUGCUCGGCAAACCUCCCGUCAAGCUUUGUAUGAAGAAAUAGUUAGCUCCCCAAAAUUAAGAGGAUUGCCAAGAGAUGAAGAGAUGAUUGGUGCUUUAGAUGAUUUUCUUGAGACAGACACUCUUAAGAUACUUGGAUCACUUCCAAGUCAAAUUGAUGGAGGAGUUCUAUCCUUAAAUGUUGGUGAGCAAGUAACUGCCAAAGAUGGGGAAGUUGACUCUCAUGACAGACAACCAAGUGUGAAGGAAACCAAUGGACUUAAUCCUCCUGCCAUGACAUCAUCUAAUCCACUGAAACUCAAGCCUACAUUCUCCUGCAUCACAAAGCUUUUGGAACCAAUUAGCUCUCAAGCACUAGCGAAGCCCAUCCUUUUUAAAGCUAUGAGCAACUAUGUGCAAGAGGAAUUUUCACGAGGCUUGCAGAAUGGCUUUUCUGGGCUUGGACAGUGGUGGGCAGAGCGAUCUUCUGCAAUUUCAGAAGCACUUCAACUCUAUUUCCUCAUGGAUGUUGAACCUUUACUCAAGACGAUGGAUGCUUACCUAUCUAAGGUAAAUCUUUACUUAGCAAAACGAGAUGAGGUCUCCACCAGCUUGGAUGUUGAAGAAAGAGAUAAAUCUCUUGCUACUUUACAGAAGGGGAUAUCAUCAAAUCAUAUCAUCCAUGACUCUCUUUCAAAGGAAAUCAAUGAACUCACCAAGAAGAAGGGAUCCCUAGAGAGUAAGAUUAUUUGCUCCUUGACAAGAGGCAGACGACAGAAGAACAACUUCAGUCCAACCAAGCAAAAUUGAUAGAGUUGGAAAACUCCAAAGUUGUAGCUGUUGAGAUAGUUGCUGAAGUGGAAAGGAUGCAACAAGACCUUGAAAUUGAGUUUGAAGCCAUUGCAAAGGGAACUUGGUUUGAAAACAACAUGUGAUGUUGUUCAUUUUGUAUUCUUUCCCUUUUUUAGACUUUGAGCAUUCCUUUUCAAAGACUUGUCAAAUUUGGGCUUUAGCCACUUUGUGAAUAAAUAAGAUGCAUUUUC